CGCAGAAGCUGCUACUCUCCUGCGACACUUCGCCUGCUCUCCUGCCUUGCUGCAAAUUCCUCGCCCGCCCGCUCGCCACCACCCCCCUCGGCCGCGUGCAGUCUCGCUCUCCCUCCUUCUCGCCGCCCUCCAAAGGUGCAGGAGCCGCCUCGCUCGGGUGACAUGCGCCGCGCCCCUCCCUUCACCCUCUGAGACUCGCGCUGAACCUUCGCUAUGUCGACCUCGUCGCACAACCGCUCGCGGAGCAACAACCGCUGGCGGAUGAGCUCCCUCGUCCAGGAGGACCGCAUGAGUCGCCGCAGCUCCUCGUACCCCCGCAAACGCGUCGUGAGCCCCCAGGACGCCUACACGUACGCCCUUCGCGUCGCCUACCUCGCCUACCUCCUCCAGCCCCGCGCCAAGCGUAUGGAGCAUGUGCCCGCUGCUGCUCCCAAGCCCAUCUACCGCUCUGCCACCUCCGUCACCGACCUGGUCAAGGAUUUCUCCCUGAUACGCGACAGCAAGAGCACAAAGUUCCCCCAUGGCUUCAUCAAGGCUCUGGACAAACGCCUUACCGGCGUCCUGCAGGGCACCGAGCGAAUGCCUGAAUACCGGGACCCCGUCAUCAAGUCGACCUUUGCCGUCUUCUUGAACGAGAUGAAGGACCCCAAGUUCAGGAAAAGCAUGGAGAGCGAUCGUCGUGUUGAGGAUCUGCUGCUCAUCUUCUUCUCCAACUCCACAAAGGUCUUGCAGAGGGGCAAGGCUCCGGAGGACGAUAGCUGGAGGCUGAUGGUUGAUCGCCACGUUGCUCUGUUCAUCCGCAUCAUCAGCUCCACCCUGAAGGAUCACGAUUGGCAAAAGGACCGCCCGGAGCUUGCAUCGAGGCUGCAGACAAUGGAGAGGAAACUGUUGAUGCACGAUCAAGAUCUUUCCGCGCCGUCGCAACGAAACAGUCAAGGAGGAGGCACAACUGUCGAAGUUGAGGUGCCCCGGAGCUAUGAAGUGAAGGACAUGCCGCUCGUGCUCAUAGUCUCGCGCAUCUUCAAUGUACCCUAUGCUCAAGUGCAACAAGAUGUCAACAGUAAGAGGGACAUUUGGACCGAGAAAGCGGCAUUGCAAGAUCUCAAGACUUAUCAGACGAAUCUGAGCCUCAACACACGGCAGACAUUGAGUCACGAGGACUUUGACACGGAGGAAGCAUAUGAAGCUUGGAAGAAGACGGAAAUUCCUGAUUUGUCACAGAUGAUGCUGGCCAUUGUGCAAUCGAGCCCAGACCUUGCCAAAAGCUCUGGUGGAGGUCUCCCGCAAUUCAAGCCCGGUGGUGCCCCAACUAGCCCUGAUUCCGGCUAUUCGGAGCUCUCUAGAAAGAUGUCUGAGGCAUCAGACGGUGUUUCAUCCUAUGUCAUUGAUCAGCCCGUUGACAUGAGCUCCCUCAAUCUCGACGAUGGUGGGGAGACUAACGAGGAUGGUAGCACUCCCUAUGUCUUCAUCCCUCCAGACCCGAGAUCAUUCUAUCGCGCUGUGGUUAAGCAGGCCCUCACAUACGACUUGGAAGAUCAACAGCUGCAGCCCUCAAGCCCUACGGGUGAUAUGCAAUCCAUAAAACUUUUCUCCAGAGAAUCGACCGAGCUGCUUACUGAGAUUGGUCUGCGCUGGCGCGUGCCUCAAUUCUCGAGAUUGGUUCUGUUCCUGGAUGUCAUCAGGGAAAAAUACCAACACCAGGAAAUCACCUUGGAGACGCUCGAUGAGGCUUUCACGUUCAUCAAGUCCCCACCUGUCGAGCAUAAUCACAGGCGUAGCAGAUCAAGCGUAAUGCUGCAAACGACCAUGUUUGAUCAUAAUAAGUGGACCAUUGCGGACUACGUUCUCAAGCAGCAAACCCUCUCACUUUUGCACGACGGCUUGCUGCGCGAACUCUAUGAGCUCAUGCUGUUCUGCUACGACAGCAAGCCCCCUACCAUCGGACCGACUAUGUUCGUCCUUACCAACCAUAUCUAUGACGAUCCUUUGUUCUCAAAGACAGUUGAUGAUCUCGACGUUUACACCGAACAGCUGGAAGAGGGCCUGAAGAAACGAGCUGGGGAGGUAUACAGUGAGAUUCUGGCGAAAGAAAUUCCCGACCAAAAGGAAGAGUGGGAAUUCUUCCAUGUGAUACAGCUCGGAAAAGCAGUGAUCAAACUUUGCGAAAAAAUCCAGAAGAGAUACCGCAAGAACCCAGAAAUCAUGGGUGUCAAUCCCCUGAACACGCUUGUCCAAGAGAUGCUUCCAGCAUAUGCGGCGGAUGCAAGAGAUCUGGUCACCCACAUCAUGGACGUCGCUCAUCAAACUGGCGAUGAGAUUCCCAUCCAGGAUGGGUUCGACCUGUACAGCGAGUUGGUUGAAAUCCGUCGCAUCCACGCAGACGCGCUACCUGAUCAACCAUUUGGUUUCCAUCUCGAGGAGCUCCUGCAGGAGUUCGUAUGGCGCUGGAUUGAGAUGACUGAUGCCAAUCUAGUCAACUGGGUCGAGAACGCCGUGAAGCAAGACAACUUCGCCGUCCGUGUCGAUGGCCCCGACCAGAUUGCUACGGAUGAUGAGCGUCACAGUGUCUCUGUCAUUGACAUGUUCCGCUCCUUCAACCAGAGCAUUGAACAGAUUGUGAACCUGAACUGGGACGAUGACGUUCAGUAUGCUAAAUUCAUGACAGCCACUUCCAAGUCGAUCUGUGCGGCACUUUCCCGAUACUGCGAGCUUGUCGAAGGCACGUUCAGCAAGGAGAUGGAAAGACUAACGCCCGAGCAAGAAGCGGCUCAGAGCCAGACCAGGCAGGAGAAAUGGAUGCAGAUGGCCAAGAAUGCUUGGAACCAGCAAGAUAAGAUCGAACCGUACCAGUUCUUGCCUGAAUCGCUCGUGAAACUCAACAACAUUGAAUACGCCACGCAACAGCUCGACAAGCUCGAGCACGAGGUCAACGUCGACGCUUGCGCUGAAGUUAUCCAGAAGAAUACUCCCACCCCAGCCCAGCGACAGCCGAAGAUCAACAAGUAUGUUUUCACGAUCAAGAUCAUCGAAGCCGAGGACCUCAAGGCUUGCGAUAUGAACGGUCUCAGUGACCCCUAUGUUGUGCUGGGUGAUGAGUACCAAAAGCGCCUUGCCAAAACUCGUGUGGUCUACGGUAGUCUCAGUCCCCGUUGGGAUGAAACUGUUGACAUCACCACUCAGGGGCCACUUAACAUCAUUGCUACUAUUUGGGACUGGGAUACCCUAGGUGACCAUGAUUGUGUUGGAAGAACCUCGCUGAAGUUAGAUCCCUCCCACUUCCGUGACUUCUUGCCCCGUGAGUAUUGGCUCGACCUUGAUACUCAAGGCCGACUUCUUCUCCGAGUGAGUAUGGAAGGCGAGAGAGAUGAUAUUCAGUUCUACUUCGGCAAGUCUUUCAGGACUCUGAAGAGGGCAGAGCGUGAUAUGACCCGCAGGGUCACUGACAAGCUCUCGGCCUACAUUCACUAUUGUCUUUCCUACCGUGCCCUAAAAGCGCUUCUCAAUCGCGGUGUUACAGUUUCUGCAGUCACUUCGUACUUUUCGCGAGGCCGGUCCAACACGAUGGCAAUGCCACCCACUACAGCGGAAGUUAUGAAUGCGUUGAAGCCUCUGUUCGCGUAUUUCAAUGACAACUUUGCUCUCAUGAAGGAGACACUUACCGAUAGCGCCAUGGUCAUGGUCAUGUCUCGACUGUGGAAGGAAGUCCUUGCCACGAUUGAGAGUUUGCUGGUGCCUCCGCUCAGUGACAAGCUCUCCACUCAAAAGCAGCUCACUCAGCAGGAGAUGGACGUUGUUUUCAAGUGGUUACAAAUGCUUUUCGACUUUUUCCACGCCGUCGAUGAGGAAACGGGUACCGCUUCUGGUGUCCCGCUUGAGAUCCUCAAGUCUCCCAAAUACCACGACCUGCAGAACCUCAACUUCUUCUACUUUGAGCCUACCGAAAACCUCAUCCGUACCUCCGAGUCGAUGGCUGCUGCCAGCCUUCACCGUCAACAGGAACAGGCUGCACGUGCCAACAGGCUUUCAGCACCGCCCAGUCUCAGUGCUCCCUCAGGUCCCACCUUUGGUGGCGGCAUGAUGGGAAUGCCAACGCGCAGGACUAAGACGAUCAUGUUGAGUCGCAACUUGGGUACGAUGAAGAGGGCCAAGGAAGAGAAGAGGAAGGAAGCUCAGGCAGAACCGAGUGACGACAUUAUCCUGCGUAUUCUCCGCAUGCGGCCCGAGGCAGAGAGAUACCUGAGAGACAGAAGCAGGCAGAAAGAGAGGCUCGCCGCCGCCGCCGCCGCGGAAAUGAUCGUCAAGCAGAGCCUUGUGGCAAGUGCGGCCGGCAUGGGACCGCGCCAGCGUUAAUCGAACCCUUAUGCAUGACGUGGACGCAGAGUUCUGGACAUGAACAGCGCGUUGACCACUACAGGGUUUUCCAAACAGUCGGUUUUCUCUCACGGUGCGGCGAACGGACAAUUUCUCAUCGACGGACUCGGACGUUUCACUCAGAUCACCACGUCGAAUCCAAGCAAAUGAUGCACCGAAAUAUACCCAGUUAUAACGCGCACGGUAGUUUGAAGUUCUUGUUUUUCUUUUCCUUUUCCGAUCAGGCUUUUUGCGGCUUUUUUUCUCACCCACUGUUCUCUCCGGCUGGCUUGGAGACGGCAGCACGACGCUGAACCUUUCCUGGGAGCCCGGUGGUGCUCGCCAUCUUUCGGUCUUGAUCGAUACACAAGGGGAAGAGAAGGGGUGAUUGGACGGCUUUUUUCUACACGGCAGAGAUCGACAA